AUGUCCAACGAGCCCAUCCAAAACCACCAUGAAGAAGCCUACAUCUUCCUGAUGCGUGGCUUGAGAGAAUUGGACCUCCGGGGCCCCUGUGUUCCCAGUGACCUUUUGAUUGGAGAUCAUGCCUUUCCUUUAGAUGACAGCAAAGGCCAGGUCCUGAUGGCUGCCUCUCUGUACGGUGGAAGGAUUGUUGUCCUGGGUCAUGAAGGCUACCUGACUGCCUUUCCUGCUCUGGUAGAGAACGCUCUGACCUGGCUGAGAGGAGAUGGGUCUGACAACUUGUCUGUGGGGGUCCACAAAAACAUAAAGGCAGUAGCUGAUAACCUUAGCAGAUCCAUCUUCCAAGCCAAAGUUGUGGGUGCCUUUAGUAAUGAUCUGGAGGUUGGUGUGUAUGUGACUGAUGCCUACAGGGGUGCAGACCCAAAGGACGACCUGGUGGCAUUUCUGAAAGCUGGAGGAGGAGUGCUGAUAGCGGGGCAGGCAUGGAGCUGGGCUGCAAACCACCCUAAGGAGAACACCAUCCUGCAAUUUCCAGGGAAUAAAGUGUCUGGGGUGGCUGGGAUCUACUUUUCUACGCAUUAUGGGAAUGUAGAGAUCCUGCCUGUCUACCCUCAAAUCCCAUCAUCAUGGAUGGCUAUAAAACUUGGUAAGAAUUUUGAAGAUGACCUGGAACUCUUACUCCAGAAAGUUUCAGAGUUUGACCUCCAAGGUGAAUCAGUACCUUCUGAGGUUCUUGUCCACGGCCCACUAGCCUUCCCUAUUGGUACCACUAAGGAUGGACAGGCAUUCCUGGCAGGAGCCUACUAUGGGCAGGGACGGGUCAUUGUGGUGACACAUGAAGCAUAUCUGGGAAAAAAGACACUGGCUUCCUUUUGGAACAAUGCCAUUGAUUGGUUGGACCAAGGCCGGCAGGGGGUCAUUGGUGUUGUGCCAGAUCUCAGUCUCAGCGAGUUAGGGUUAAAGUGCAAGAAGACGGUGUUCAGGAAAGACCUGAGUGUAUUUGUGUGUACAGCGUACAGUGAUGAUCAUGUGGAGGAAAUCCAAGACUUUGUGGCAGAGGGAGGAGGCCUGCUGAUUGGUGGACAUGCCUGGUACUGGGCACAUACACACUUUGGGCAAAACCCAUUGACAGAUUUCUCAGGAAACAAGAUCCUGAACAAAAUGGGCAUGAGCCUGUUGAAGGCCACGAUUAGUGGAGGUUCCUACAAGGUCCCUGUGCCCAGCCAGGCCAUGAAACACACCUACCACUUCCGCUAUCUUUUACGCCUCCUGGCUGGUCAUAUCGCCCAGGGUGAAAAACUCACAGAGCAUGAGGAGGAACGCUUUAAAAAACUGGGUCGGGACUGUGCCGACUACUUGCCCAUGAAGGCUUAUGACAGCUACUCCUACAUGCAGGUGCUGUCCGUCCUCACUGACAUACUGAAGAAGUCCGGCAUGCCACAGGUGAGUGAAAAGAAUCCUGUGAAGAGCCCAAAAGACCACCUACUCCUCAGUUUGGGGACAGAGUUAUAUAAUGUUUCCCCCGAUCCUGAUGCCCUCCUACCUUACCUCAUGAAGCAAAUGCCUUUUGUCUAUAACCAAAGGAUCAGGAUUAAUGCUAACACGGCAGGAGAGAAGGAGUGGCUUAGUACUGGUCUGUACCUGUGUCCUGGAAUGAAGACCGAGAUAAUCAUACCAGCAGAGAUCGUCAACAAGAGAUGGACGAUCCAGAUAGGCUGUCAAACAGACAAGCUGAAUGCUGAAGAGUUAAAGAGAGCACCGUGUGUUUGUGAGCUAUUUCCUGUUACCACAGAGAAGAUGCAGGUGUCAAACCUAUGGGGGGGACUCAUCUACCUGGUGGCCCCACGCAACACAAAGGUGGAAGGGGCUGAGUUCAUAGUGCAGACAGCUACACCUGCUCCUUAUUACAAGUGUGGUGUGACAACAGCAGCUGAUUGGUCGUCGCUGCGUAAAGCUCCCUCACCCUGGGCAGAGCUGGAGUUUGACAACAUCAUCCUUACUGUACCAUCAGAUGUUGUUCGCGACCUGGAGCGCCCUGAUGAGGUGGCAACGCUCUGGAAUGACAUCAUGAAGGGUGUCGCAGAUCUGGCUGCCAUCCCACACAAAUUUGAACGUAAAGAACGCAUCGUAGCAGAUGUGCAGAUUUCCAAUGGUUGGAUGCAUUCAGGCUAUCCUAUCAUGAUGCACUCAUCUAUAGCAGCUGAGUUGGUCAGUCUAGAUGGUGCCAGGACUGUAGGCCUGUGGGGAGAAAUUCAUGAACUGGGACACAACCAACAGAGAAGCUGUUGGGAGUUCCCUCCACACACCACAGAGUGUACAUGCAACCUGUGGUCAGUGUAUGUGCAUGAAGAGGUGCUGGGGCUCAACAGGGCACAGGCUCAUCCACAUAUGACCUUAACAAAUCGGAAGAGUCGUGUAGAGGAGUAUGUUAAGGGGGGCAGGAAACUCAAGGAUUGGAAAGUGUGGCUGGCCCUGGAGACAUACAUGCAGCUCCAAGAAAAGUUUGGCUGGGAUGCCUUUAAGAAGGUGUUUGCUGCCUACCAUGAGAUGUUCAACUUUCCAAAGGACAACAAAGAAAAGAUGAACCUGUAUGCUGAGACUUUCUCCCAGACUGUGAAGAUGAAUCUGACUGGAUUCUUUAAGUCCUGGGGUUGGCCCAUAGGAAGAGAUACUGAGGAGAAACUCUUCUACCUGCCUCCCUGGAGUGACCACCCGAUGGUCCAGUAUGAUUAAACUUUAGACUGCUAAAACUGCUGAUGAUAGAUGUUUUUAAUCAGCAAUGAAUUGGUCAAAUUUGGGUUUUUAUUAUUUUAGAAGUGAUUUCCCAAGAAAACAGGAAGUAAUUUGUUAAGAUAAGAAAAAUAAUUGAUUAACAGUUUAUGAGCAAGUUGGCUAAAGAACAACAUUGAGUUAAUGGCCUAGAAAGAUGAAAUCAUUCAGUUCACACGAAGAUUGUAAAGUAAAAUAUUAUUUACAUAAUAGAAUUGCCAACAUGAUACACACAAGUGCUCAUAUACCUCCUCACAUUUAGUCCUUAUUCUGAAAAUAAUUAAUCUGAGGAUGCUAAAAUUGACAGCUAGAUGAUGAUCAUUCCUAAGCAAAAUGUUCCUGGAAAAAAAAUAUUUAAAUAUUAAAAUAGAAUUUUCUACUGUAAAGAAAUGGGGGAAGAAAACAAUAACUACUGGGAGGCCAAUUGUAUUUUUUGUAAGACAACUAAAGGGUUUCAUGUUUCUCUGAUUUAUCAUUCAGGCUCUCCUUAUUAUAUUUUUAACAAUAAAGUACACAUGUUGUCAAAAUAAAAACCUAUUAAUAUUCUAAGCAUAGGUCCAUGACUAGGUAUAUUCACGAAGGCCCUAAAAAAUGACCAUUCCCCUAAAAGUACAUCUGCAGCUUAAAGCAAUAUAUAAUUCUGCUGUUUGGGCUAUAAAUAGCUGUAAAAUCACAACUAUGAGCUGACACAAGCACUCUGUAAAGCUGAGGGGAAGCUGUAGAGUUAGGUGAUUAAAUGUUUUUCAGCAACCAUAAAAACUAAUAAUAAACUAAAGUGGGCUUACACUGUAUCGUGUGUCAGGUGAGGGUCAUCUCACAUAGCAAAAAUCAGAUACUCUGAUUGAGCUGAGAUUCAGAUUCAGAAUACUGUGUUUUUCUUUUUUCAUUUUCAUUUUUCAUACAUUUGCUUACAUGUUGAAAGUUCCCAUUUUAUAUAUUAAUACAUUAAUUAUGUAUACAUUUCUGUAAUUGCUACUUGGACUGCGUUUUCACUGUAAUCCUGAAGUGGUGGACAUGGAAAUUAAUUUCAUUUAUUUGUCUUGCAGUGUUACAAUAAAUGACACUGUAUGUUGAUAUUUUCCUUUACU